CUUUAUCCAUUCUCAGCCUAGUUUCUCCCUCUUAUCUGCUACUUGUGUCCUGACUUGGCCCCAUCAUAGCAUUUGAUUGGUUCUCCCGCCUUCUUGAUUAUAAAAAAUGAUUUUUUUCACUUCCAAUUAUAUAAUAAGGUUCUGCUAAGUGCAGAUAGCACUGACACAGUUCAUCCUUCCUUCUGCCAUAUUCCACUGAUUCUCCUCUCCAAAGGUGAUUCUUUGGUGAGGAAAGCCAAGAUUUGCUUGAAUUCAAAGAGGUUGAAUUUUCAAACAGGGGAAAAUGGACUAUUUUAAUGCACCAGGAAGACACCAUCUCUUUGUUCCAGGGCCAGUUAACAUCCCUGAACAGGUUAUUCGGGCUAUGAACCGAAACAAUGAGGACUACCGUGCUCCGGCGAUUCCAGCUUUGACAAAAACUCUGCUUGAGGAUGUCAAGAAGAUUUUCAAGACUACUACUGGAACACCAUUUCUUAUCCCUACAACUGGUACUGGUGCUUGGGAGAGUGCUCUGACAAACACACUGUCUCCUGGGGAUCGCACUGUAUCAUUCCUGAUUGGCCAGUUCAGUUUGCUUUGGAUUGAUCAGCAGCAACGCCUUAACUUCAAUGUUGAUGUUGUCGAAAGUGAAUGGGGCCGGGGUGCCGAUCUUGAUGUUCUGGAAUCAAAACUUGCUUCAGAUUCUGCACACACUAUUAAGGCAAUUUGCAUUGUUCACAAUGAGACAGCAACUGGGGUCACCAAUGACUUGUCCAAAGUGAGAAAACUCCUUGAUGCCUACAAUCAUCCAGCCCUCCUCAUUGUUGAUGGAGUGUCUUCCAUUUGUGCUCUCGAUUUCCGCAUGGAUGAAUGGGGAGUAGAUGUGGCCAUAACUGGCUCCCAGAAAGCCCUUUCCCUUCCUACCGGGAUGGGAAUUGUGUGUGCAAGCCCUAAAGCUCUUGAGGCUUCAAAAUAUGCUAAAUCACUCAGAGUUUUCUUUGACUGGAAGGACUACCUGAAGUUCUACGAGAUGGGAACCUAUUGGCCAUACACUCCUUCUAUUCAGUUGCUGUAUGGUCUCAGAACAGCUCUUGAUCUGCUUUUUGAGGAGGGACUUGAAAAUGUGUUUGCAAGGCACAAACGUUUAGGUAAAGCAACCAGAAUUGCUGUUGAGGCAUGGGGUUUGAAGAAUUGCACCCAAAAGGAAGAGUGGUUCAGUGACACAGUGACUGCUGUGGUUGUUCCUCCUUACAUUGAUGGUGCUGAAGUAGUUAAAAGGUCAUGGAAGAGAUACAAUAUGAGCUUAGGUCUGGGACUAAACAAGGUUGCUGGGAAAGUUUUCAGAAUUGGACAUCUUGGAAACUUGAAUGAGUUGCAACUCUUGGGUGCUCUUGCUGGUGUAGAGAUGAUUCUCCAAGAUGUGGGUUAUCCUGUAAAGCUUGGAAGUGGAGUUGCUGCUGCCAGUGCAUACUUGCAGAACACUAUCCCUAUGAUCCCUUCCAGGAUUUAAGUCACAAGCAAUUCUUGUCACUAUUUACAUUUCUGCUCAUUCAGGUUUUCUGUAAAAAUAAAAUACAUAUUAUACCCUUUUGCACUCUUUUGAAUAUGAACAACAUAUUUGGGGUAUUUCUAGUUUUAAUGCAUUGUUUCUUUCAUA